GGGGGCGCCUAUUGUUUCCUAUUUCGAUAUCUGCUGAUUAGAUUCCUGACUUUGUCUCAUCAGGUCCACUCGAACAGGAGACAGUCCACGGACAUUACUCUGCUGCAGACAUGUUCCUGUAUCUUCUGGGCCUGCUUGUGCUCUUCUACCUGUUCCGCUGGAUCAGAGAGCUUCCCAGGGUCGGUGACAAGGCCAACAAGUAUGUGUACAUCACGGGCUGCGACACCGGCUUUGGGAACCUUCUGGCUCGCCAUCUGGAUAAGAUAGGCUUCAGAGUGAUUGCCGGGUGUUACACUGAGAAGGGAGAGGAGCAGCUAAAGAAGGCCUGCUCCAGCAACCUGAUCACAACACACCUGGAUGUUACGUCGAAGGAGAGCUUGGCCAAAGUUGCAGCCAUGAUUAAGGACAAAGUUGGGGUGCAUGGUCUCUGGGCUUUAGUAAACAACGCGGGUGUUGCUGUUCCCUCCGGCCCCUGCGACUGGCAUACCCUUGACGAUUACAAAUCAAUGCUGGAGGUUAACCUGAACGGGGUGAUCGGAGCCACACUGAGCGUCCUGCCUCUGAUAAAGAAGGCCAGAGGCCGAGUGGUGAAUGUCGCAAGUGUGUUUGGGAGGAUCUGUGUCACCGGGGGUCCAUACCCUGUCUCAAAGUUCGGCGUCGAGGCUUUCAACGACAGCCUCCGGUUCACCCUGGCUCCUUUUGGUGUCAAAGUCCUCUGUAUUGAGCCGGGAUUCUUCAAGACCAGCGUCACAGACAGCGAACUCCACACCAGGAACGUCCAAACGCUGUGGGACAGACUGCCGCAGGACGUCAGAGAUGACUAUGGGGUUGAAUACCUCCAAAAAUCCAAAGACGUGAUAAAAGAAAAAGUCUCCCAGAUGAGUGACGGCGAUCUGAUGAAGGUGGUCAGCUGCAUGGAGCACGCCGUGUCCGCCACCUGGCCGCGCAAACGUUAUUCCCCCGGCUGGGACGCCAAGUUUUUCUGGCUGCCAAUGUCAUACAUGCCAACCUGUUUUGUUGAUUACUUCUUCCUGAAGAAUGCCAUUCCCAUUGCCAAGAAGUUACAGUAACCCUCCAUC